UAUUUUCAUUUUCUUUCAUUCUCUCUCUCUCUCUCUCUCUCUCUCAAAAUCUCAUCUCCCAGAAACUACGGCACACCAAAUCCAAAACCCUAGAAAUUCCAAUUCUCAGCGCCGAACCCAAAAUCCAAAUGCCGAAAUUCAAAUUCCGAGACAAUCCCAAUCCGAAAGUGCCUCAAAAGAAAGUAUGGAAGAAAAAGGAGCCUACUCCUUCUUCUUCUUCUACUUCUUCGUCUUCUUCGAAAAAGCAAAUUAAGAAAGUGUGGAGGAAAAAGGAGAUUCCACGGAACUGGCUGGAGCUCCCGAGGGACGUGACGGAGUCGAUUCUCCAGAGACUCGGUGCGGUCGAGAUCCUCGAGACCGCACAGAUGGUGUGCACGCUGUGGCGCAGUAUCUGCAAAGAACCUUCCAUGUGGCGCGACAUCAACAUGUGCAAUCUCUGCGAAUGGGAAGACGGGCCAUCCUACCCCCUGAAGAUGUGCCGCAACGCCGUCGAUCGCAGCUGCGGCCAAUUGCGAGGUAUCAACAUCGAGUACGUCGCUAACGAUGAACUCCUCAAUUAUAUCGCCCAAAGUUCGAGUCAGCUCAGACGCCUUCGACUCUUUGAUUGCUAUGAAAUUACAGAUGAGGGAUUGAUUAAAAUGGCUGAAAAACUUCCAUUAUUGGAGGAGCUGGACAUUACGAGUUCUUUACUGUCAGUUGAAACUAUUGAAGCUGUGGGGCGCCAUUGUCCUCAUUUGAAAUCAUUCAAAUGGAACCAUGUUGUUUAUAGACUCCCUGGCAUACAAUGUGAUGAGGAGGCAGUUGCUGUUGCAAAGAACAUGCCCGAAUUGCGCCACCUCCAGCUUAUUAGAAAUAGGCUGACAAAUGAUGGCUUGCAGGCCAUACUAGACAAUUGUCCUCACCUUGAAUCACUUGACCUAAGGAAAUGUUUCAAUGUCACUUUGUCUGGAGAUUUGGGAAGAAGAUGUGCACGGAUUAAAAACUUGCGGCUUCCCAAUGAUUCUACUAAUGACUGUAGAUUCAUUGUUGAAACUUCUGAUAAUGGAUCUUUUGAGCAAGACAUUCCGUUUUGGAUGUUGGGUAUAGAUGACCUCUCUGAUGAUUAUGAGUGUUACUACGACAGUGAUUACUCCUAUGAUGAUUACUUUAGAAAAUACAGUGAGGAUUGGGAGUAUAUUGGAUGACCUCUCUGAUGAUUAUGGGUAUCAAGGAUUCUCAGGGGACACCAAUUUCUCCUAUGAUGAUUUCACUGAGUAUCAAAACUUUGAAAUUAUAUUUUUUGACAAGUCCUUUUGUAUUGUGCGCACCUAAACAAAAUGACUUAUUAUGUGCUCUGCAUUUCAGUAUUCGGUACCAAUAUUUUGAAUUUUAUUUAGACAUGAAGUUUGAACUUA